CCUAAUCCCUCAUUUCUCUAACCCUAGAUCCCCAAUUCUCUCUAUCUCACGACGAACCCUAACCCUAACCCGACCAAUUUCUCUCCGAUUCGACCAAUUUCUCUCCGAUUCUCUCUCAGUCUAUCACAAUCUCUACAAAUUUCGUCGAUUCUACUUCUUUUAUCCCUAAUCGAUGGCUCCUCGUGUUCGUGGUGGAAAACCCAAAGGAAGAGGAAGAGGAAGGGGACCGCAGUCUCCGGCGAAGCGACCCGUUGUCCCAACUCGACCUAUAUCUUCCGGUGUGUCGACUCGAAGGCCUAGAAGCCUUCCGCCGCAGUACGAGUUCACGCCGGCGAACCCUCAAGAUCCAAUUCCAGAGACUGAGCAACCGGAGAUUCGCCAGCCUUCACCGCGAGUGAGUCUGAGAGACUAUCCACCUCCUCAGCAGCUUUUCCAGUCGGGCGAAGGAUCUCUGCAUGCAUCUGGUGGAUCUCCUCGAGGCUCCGGAUCGACUCCAUUUCAAGCAUCCAGAUCUACUCAAGUCAGAGGGUCUGUGUCCUCUGUUCAUCGGCUAGCCUCCGGAUCUCAUCGCGCUGCUCAGUCUCCAGCACCGGUUCAGUCUCCAGCACCGGUUCAGUCUCCACCCUUGAAUCAACCUCGAGCAAGAGCUUCUGUGUCUGGCCACAGUUCUCAAGCUCAAAACGUAGAGGAUGAAGAAGAUGAAGAAGAUGAAGAAGGUGAAGAAGGUGAAUCGGAGGAAGAAGGUUUGAGGGAAUCAACUCUCCCGGAAGAUGUGCUCGCUACAUUAAAUGAUCUCCUUUCCCUGCCAGGCCGUGAGCUCUAUACCACUGUCAUCUCUCCGACAUUGGAGUCUGGAACGACAUGGUUUGGUAAGGAUAAGGGUAAGCUGACCCGGAAGGUCACCAAGUGUUUUACUAACAAGUUUGAUGGACCAUACUACAGUUGGAGUUGUGUGCCAACUGGAAGAAGAGAAAGAUACUUUCUUGAAUUCGCUAAAACACACACCUGGCAUCCCUCAGUUACAGGUGUGGUUGAAGCCAAGUUCUACAAGAUCAUUGCAAAUCGUAUGAAAGACAUGUCUACUGUCACAAAUGAUAGAGGGGAUUACUUUGGAAUUGGCAGCUUAGGGGUUUACAUCAACGGGAAGCGCAAGUACGCAGGAAGCAGCUCUUCUUUCACAACCCUGCAGUCACAGCUUGAGGAUGCUAACCGCAAGAUAGAGGAACAAGCAGCUUUACAAGCAGCACGUGAAGCAGAGGCAUUGCGGGUCGCAGCAUCACAAGCAGCUGAGAUCAAGCAUUUGUCUAUGGUGAAGAAGUACCUGAGUCAAACUGACCCUAAUUUCCUGGCCUUCCUCAAUUCCCAAUCAACUCCUGCUGCGGAGGAUGAUCAUUCAGAGGUCCAACCAAAUCCAACUCCUGCUGCUAAUGCUGAUGAAGGUUUUUACGCAAUCAACAACCAGUUUCUGACGUCUGGGCCAAAAGGGUUCACUGAGUUCAAGAUGCUGGUAAACGAAGACAUGUUCGUGAGGAUGGAUUUGCCUGGAGUUCCUGAAGAAGGCGUGAGGGUUUUUCUUGACCGGUCGAAGAAAGCUGUGAUUGUUUACGCCGAAGCACCCAAGGUUCACACACACGACUCCACCGACCGUACAUACCUAACCAUAACUGGACUUAUCUGCAAAUGCUGUGAGAUCUCAAACAUCACCACUCACAUGUCCGAUGGUGUUCUUAGACUUCUCCUCUCCAAGACUCCCAUCAAUCCACACCGCUCUUCUUGCAUCGCAUUUCUCGGUGGCCCACGUUUCCGAGAAGAUCUCCGUGGCACGGGUCCUCACAGAUUUCCCUAUGGCACCGAUCCAAAUGACCCGGCGUUAACCGGUCCGGUAUUGCAGCCCCAUCCAAUGGCGUUCCCACUAACGACUAUGGCCUAUGAGUCGAAGCAGCUCCCAGACGGCAAACUAUACGUGCGUGUAGACAUGCCGGGUGUUCCCAGUGACAACUUCACUGUCUCUGUCACCAAUGGGCGAGUCAAGGUGACUGGUGAAGCUCCUGCCGUUGGCCACGACUCAAGUGGCCGUUUUUACUCUGGUGACGUUGCUAUGCUCUCCACUCCUGUUGACAUUCCCACCCAUCGGAUCAAGACCAUCGCCAAGAACGGUGUGAUUGGUCUCCUUAUCCCUCCAUUUUGAUGAUGAUGUCAUGAUGAAACUUUGACUUUUCUAGAGUGGACCUUUUAUCUGGGAUUGUGUCGUUUGUUUUUGUGGAUCAUGUCGUUUUAUGUUUUUUCAUCAGUACUUUUGAUAUGUUUCAACGACACAACUUUUUGUCUAACGCACUGUCCUCUCUCUAGUUUGCCAUCAUCUUCAAAAGUCUGUUGAAUUGCAAAGCAUUUUUACUAAACUUUUGCUCUGAGU